AGGGGAGGAGAGGCCACGCCGCCAUAUUCGAUUCGACCCGCAAUCCGCGGCGCAGCCAGCAUGAGUACCGGUGCCUUCUACAUCUCCAGCCUGCUGGAGAAGAUGACGUCCAGCGACAAAGACUUCAGGUUCAUGGCUACCAGUGACCUGAUGUCAGAGUUGCAGAAAGACUCCAUCCAGCUGGAUGAGGACAGCGAGCGUAAGAUGGUGAGGACGCUCCUGCGGCUCCUGGAGGACAGGAGUGGCGAGGUGCAGAACCUGGCUGUCAAGUGCCUGGGUCCCCUGGUGGGCAAGGUGAAGGAAUACCAAGUGGAGAACAUUGUGGACACCCUCUGUGCCAACAUGCGGUCAGACAAGGAGCAGCUCCGGGACAUCGCUGGCAUCGGCCUGAAGACCGUGCUUUCAGAGCUACCCCCCGCUGCCACAGGUUCAGGGCUGGCUAUCAAUGUGUGCCGCAAGAUCACAGGCCAACUCACCAGUGCCAUCGCCCAGCAGGAGGAUGUGGCUGUGCAGCUGGAAGCCCUGGACAUCCUCUCUGACAUGCUGAGCAGGCUAGGUGCCCCGUUGGGCACCUUCCAUGCAAGCCUGCUCCACUGCCUAUUGCCCCAGCUGAGCAGCCCACGCCUGGCUGUGCGCAAGCGCACCGUUGUCACACUUGGUCAUCUGGCAGCUGCCUGCAGCACGGACCUCUUCGUGGAGCUGGCUGACCACCUGGUGGACCGGCUGCCUGGGCCACGGGCACCUGCCAGCCCUGCAGCCAUUCGAACCCUGAUCCAGUGCCUGGGCAGCGUGGGUCGUCAGGCAGGCCAUCGCCUGGGAGCCCACCUGGACCGCCUGGUGCCCAUGGUGGAGGAAUUCUGCAACCUGGAUGACGAUGAGCUGAGAGAGUCGUGCCUUCAGGCCUUUGAGGCUUUCCUGAGAAAGUGCCCCAAGGAGAUGGACCCUCAUGUACCCAAUGUGACUAGCCUCUGCCUGCAGUACAUGAAGCAUGACCCCAACUACGACCAUGACAGUGACGAAGAGCAGAUGGAGACCGAGGACAGUGAAUUCAGUGACCAGGAGAGUGAGGAUGAGUACAGUGAUGAUGACGACAUGAGCUGGAAGGUACGCCGAGCCGCAGCCAAGUGCAUGGCAGCCCUCAUCAGCUCUCGGCCCGACCUCUUACCCGACUUCCACUGCACUCUGGCACCUGCACUCAUCCGCCGCUUCAAGGAGCGGGAGGAGAACGUCAAGGCAGACAUCUUUGGGGCUUACAUCAUAUUGCUGCGACAUACACGGCCCCCUAAAGGUUGGCUGGAGGCUGUGGAGGAGCCCACCCAGACCGGCAGAAAUCUCAAUAUGCUGCGAGCACAGGUGCCCCAAGUGAUAAAGGCCCUGCAGCGACAACUUAAAGACCGGAAUGUUCGGACCCGCCAGGGCUGCUUCAGCCUCUUCACCGAGCUGGCAGGUGUCCUCCCUGGCAGCCUGGCAGAGCACAUGGCUGUGUUGGUGUCAGGCAUUGUCUUUUCAUUGGCUGACUACUCCAGCUCCUCCACCAUACGGAUGGAUGCCCUGGCCUUCCUGCAGGGGCUUCUGGGUACAGAGCCAGCUGAGGCUUUCCACCCACACUUGCCCACCCUCCUGCCACCUGUGAUGGCCUGUGUGGCUGACCCUUUCUACAAGGUGGCGGCUGAGGCCUUACUGGUGCUCCAGGAGCUGGUGCGGACCCUGUGGCCACUGGACAGGCCUCGGCUGCUGGACCCUGAGCCAUACGUUGGAGAGAUGUCCACAGCUACCCUGGCACGACUCCGAGCCACUGACCUGGACCAGGAGGUGAAGGAACGGGCCAUCUCUUGUGUGGGCCACCUUGUGGGUCACCUUGGUGAUCGACUUGGGGAUGACCUAGAACCCACACUUAUGCUUCUUCUGGAUCGCCUGCGGAAUGAGAUCACCCGGUUGCCUGCAGUCAAGGCACUGACACUGGUGGCUGUGUCCCCAUUGCGACUUGACCUGCAGCCCAUCCUGGCCGAGGCACUGCCCAUCCUGGCUUCAUUUCUGCGCAAAAAUCAACGGGCCCUGCGGCUGGCCACACUGGCCGCCCUGGAUGCUCUGGCUCAGAGUCAGGGCCUUGGCCUGCCUCCGCCUGCUGUGCGGACUGUGCUAGCUGAGCUGCCUGCUCUGGUCAGCGAGAAUGAUAUGCAUGUGGCCCAGCUGGCUGUUGACUUCCUCACCACAGUGACCCAGACGCAGCCCACCUCUCUGGUUGAGGUCAGUGGACCUGUUCUGGAGGAGCUGCUGCAGUUGCUGCACUCACCAUUGCUGCCUGCCGGGGUGCUGGCAGCCACGGAAGGGUUCCUGCAGGCCCUGGUGGGAACCCGCCCUCCAUGUGUGGAAUACUCAGAGCUCAUUAGCCUGCUCACUGCACCUGUUUAUAACCAGGUUGGGGACGGAGGACCUGGCCUGCACAAGCAGGUCUUCCACUCACUGGCCCGGUGUGUAGCUGCCCUCUCAGCUGCCUGCCCCCAGGAGGCGGCAGGCACUGCCAGCCGCCUUGUCUGUGAUGCCAAGUCACCCCACUCAAGCACAGGGGUCAAAGUGUUGGCAUUCCUGUCACUGGCUGAGGUGGGCCAGGUGGCUGGGCCAGGCCCUCAGAGGGAGCUGAAGACCGUGCUUCUGGAAGCCUUGGGGUCUCCCAGUGAGGACGUGAGGGCUGCAGCCGCAUAUGCCCUGGGCCGUGUGGGUGCUGGCAACCUGCCUGACUUCCUGCCCUUCCUGCUGGCACAAAUUGAGGCCCAGCCCCGGCGACAGUACCUGCUGCUGCAUGCACUCAGGGAGGCCCUGGAGGCUGCCCAGCCUGACAGCCUGAAGCCCUAUGUUGAGGAUGUGUGGGCACUGCUCUUCCAGCGUUGUGAGAGCCCGGAGGAAGGCACUAGGUGUGUGGUGGCUGAGUGCAUCGGGAAGCUAGUGUUUGUGAACCCACCCUACCUCCUGCCUCGAUUCCGGAAGCAGCUCGCUGCAGGUCAGCCAUACACCCGGAGCACAGUUAUCACUGCAGUCAAGUUCCUCAUCUCAGACCAGCCACACUCCAUCGACCCUCUCCUGAAGAGCUUCAUUGCAGAGUUCAUGGAGAGCCUGCAGGACCCAGACCUGAACGUGCGCCGGGCCACACUCACCUUUUUCAACUCAGCUGUGCACAACAAACCAUCACUGGUCCGAGACCUGUUGGAUGACAUCCUACCCCUCCUCUACCAGGAGACCAAGAUCCGCCGGGACCUCAUCCGAGAGGUGGAGAUGGGGCCCUUCAAGCAUACUGUAGAUGAUGGGCUGGACGUGAGGAAGGCUGCCUUCGAGUGCAUGUACUCGCUGCUGGAGAGCUGCCUGGGCCAGCUGGACAUCUGCGAGUUUCUGAACCAUGUGGAGGACGGGCUGAAGGACCAUUAUGACAUCAGGAUGCUGACCUUCAUCAUGCUGGCCCGGCUGGCCACUCUUUGUCCUGCACCUGUCCUGCAGAGGGUGGACCGGCUCAUCGAGCCACUCAGAGCCACCUGUACUGCCAAGGUCAAGGCUGGUUCUGUGAAGCAGGAGCUGGAGAAGCAAGAUGAGCUGAAGCGCUCAGCAAUGCGGGCAGUGGCUGCCCUGCUCACCAACCCCGAGGUGCGCAAGAGCCCCAGUGUGGCUGACUUUUCUGCCCAGAUCCGAUCCAACCCAGAACUCACCACCCUCUUCGAGAGCAUCCAAAAGGACACAGCCUCUGGCCCCAGCAUGGACUCGAUGGAACUCAGCUAGCUGUCCCCAAGCCUCCCUUCUUACCCAAUAGGCCUUGGCCUCUCCUGUCCUUCCCCAUCAGCCUCAGUGCCUUUGCUAGGGCCCCCUGCUCACAGCCUCAGAGCCAAAGCUGGGCCCACCAACUCAGGACAUUCAUUCACAUGGGUGAUGUUCCACCACCUUUACACUGCACCCCUCAGGGGUUGACUCCCUACUUCACUUGCUCUGGACUCCAAAUGUCAAUCAAUUAGCACCCUGAGCCUAGCCAUGGGUAGGGCUACGUAGAACCCAUGCAAACUUUAGGUCUGGGCACAAGAGAGCCAACUUAUAUUUAAUCUCAUCACCCAGGUGUGUAUCAGUUGGUUUGUGCUCUUCCCAUGUGUAGCUGUUAGUACUGAAAACUUAAAUAUAAGCGACAGACCAGGGCUUUUUUUGGGUUUCUGUGUGUAGCCUUGGCUGUCCUGGAACUCUCUGUACACCAGGCUGGCCUUGAACUCAGAAAUCUGCCUUCCAAUUGCUGGGAUUAAAGGCGUGCACCACCACUGCCUGGUGGGCUUUGAUUUUUUAAAGACAUUUCUUUUUAUAGCCACAGAUGGCCCAAACUAAGGUCCACCUGCCUGGGAUUAAAGCCAGCAGAGGCCAACUAUCUGAGUUAAUAAAGAACAUAUUCAAAGCUCUCCACAUGAUUCCAGAUUGACUCAGUCCUGGAAAUAUCAAAGCCAAUGGCAUAGACCUAUUACCCUAGUUGCUAGGCUGUGGCUGGAUUACACACUCAGGUCAUAGUUGGCAAUUUAUAAGAUCAUAUCUAAAAGCAACAGGGCAGAACAGCUCAGUGACAGGUUCUUCUGAGUCCUGGCCUUUCUAGUAGCAACAACUGUUUCUAACUCCUAUCCUAAAGGAUCCAAUGUCCCCAGGGCAGACACACAUGCAGACAAAACCAAAGUUUAAAUAGCUCAGUUAUGGCCUAACCUACCACACUCACCACUUUAGGGUAAACCCCAUACUGCUACAGCAAGAUAAAAACCUUAUUUCUACAAGAACAAAAGCCUAAUAAUUUGAUAAGAAGGCACUGCCCUUGUAGUAUCUCAUGUGGCACAGAAAUACCAGUCUCAUAUGAAGUUGUCAAUCCUGAGUGAGGCCAAGCAGGCCAGUUCCAUAAAACUAAAAGCUUCCCCAAAAAAGUGCCCAUGCUAGCAGCUGGAACAGGGUGAGAGCCUGGCUCCCAGAUUCCUAAUAUGUACCUACCUUUCCCCUCUUCCACAAAUCACCUGCACCAAGACUAGUAAGGUAUUCUGAGCCCUGCUGCCUCCCACUGGGGAAUAAGUGUCGGCAAAAACAAUCUCCAGUUACCAAAAUGAUAGAAAAUACCUA